AUGCCACAAAUGCUUCCACCGGCUCCACGUGAUUGCUACGCUGUUCCAGGGAAGCCAGGGAAUUCCGAUCCAUUGACAGUUGUCGGAUGGGAGCAUAUGGAUCUGAAAUUGUUCUAUCCGUCGGCUCUGUUCAGUACAUGGAGCAUCCGAACAGCUCUCUAUCCUCUCGCCGUUUUGCGUAGUCAACUGCAACUUCAGAAACAGAACACAGUCUAUCGAAGCACGUUUCACGCCUACACUGAAAUCUCGAAACGAGAAGGAUUCCGUGGAUUGUAUCGGGGCUUUUGGAUAACAGUCCCUCAGAUCGGUUGCUCCUUCAUUUACUCUACAAUCUUCGAGAAAUGUCGUUCGAUUCUUCACGAGAACGGUGUCAAAUCAAUCGGUGGAGCAGCGGCGGUCGCCGGUGGGCUCGCCAGUUUUGCGACUCAAUCGAUAUUCGUUCCAACUGAUAUAAUUGCUCAGUACAUGAUGAUUUACAAAAAUACGGAUAAAUUGACGGCUGGACACGAUAAAGCUGUUAUUGAGAAAGUGGCAACUUAUGUGAAAAGUGGAAAUGGAUUGGGAACAAGUGUCAUGAAAUCCAUUUAUCAAGCUGACGGAGUACUUGGAUUCUACCGAGGAUUCUGGGCGUCGGCGGCUGUUUAUAUCCCCCAAAUGCUCACUUUCUGGCCCAGUUAUUAUUGGAUGUUGAGUCUUUUCAGCAAGUUGAAUCCAUCCACUGAUCGCAGUCUUCUUAUCGAUCAAGCUAUCGCUGCAACACUCGGAGGCUCCAUUUCAACAAUUGCCACGAAUCCAAUGGAAUUGUUCCGUGUCAGACUUCAAGUUCAUCGUAGCAGCUAUUCGAAGACGUUGGAGACCAUGCUUCGCGAUGAGAAGACGGCGAUCUUCACCAAAGGGCUCACUCCUCGAAUCAUCGCCAACUCGAUUUACGGUGGAAUGGUGGUUGUCGGAUAUGAGAUUGUGAAGAGAUUAUGUGCUAAAGAAGAAUACAAACAUCGUAUAAAAUGGUAG